ACACACACAGAGAUGGAAGGGGGAAGGAAAGCAUCAAAGCUGGAGAGAAAGACAGUUGAGAAAAACAGGAGACUACUGAUGAAGGGACUUCUUUCCCAACUCUCCUCUUUGAUUCCCAAAACCCAAACAUCUGGCUCAAAGGAUGCAUUAACGCCACAAUAUAUCUUGGAAGAAGCCACAAGUUACAUUAAGAAACUUCAAGGAAAGAUUGAAUCUUUGAAAAGAAAAAGAAACAUGUUGGAGAUGAACAUGCAAGGAAUUCACAUGGAUAUUACUGAUGAUCAUAAGAUUGAAGUUCAAGUGACAGUCAAAGAUGAUAUUAUGGAUGUGGUUCUUUUGAGUGGAUUAAACAAGGGCUUAAAAUUACAUCAAGUUGUUAGCAUCUUAGAAGAAGAAGGUGCUGAAGUUAUCAAUGCCAGUUUCUUCACUGUGGGUGACAAGAUUAUGCAUAAUAUUCACUCUCAAGCAAUAUCUUCAAGAAUUGGUUUAGAAGAAAAGAGGAUUAAAGAAAGGUUGGAGGAUUUGGUUUUGAUGGCAAACGAAUCAAGCAGAAAAGAUUAAAAGAACAAGAAGAUUAAUUGCC